AUGGUUUCCCAACUUCCCUCCAACACCAUCAGACCCAAGCCUGCACCUACCUUACGUCUGCCUCAGCGCAUUCCAUUCCACCGCACCCUCAUCCCGCCCACUGAUCUUUAUCACCAUCCAACCUGGGCUGCGCAACGCGAGAUGGAUGCAGGCCGCCCAAAGCGCAGCCGCGCUCGUGUCAGCUAUGUUGAGCCCACUGAGCUCGACGACGACAUUGCCGACGAUGAAUCACUCGACGACUCCGUCGCCGACGGCGCCGAUGUCGCCUCAGAUGAUCCAUCCACCGACACUGAAGACGUCCCUUCCACUCACUCCGAUUCUGACUCCGGCUCCGACCAAGAGUUCACUACGGACAAGCUCAAAGCCCAGCAGAAGAAGAAGCUGGCCAAGAAGAUCAACAACAAGAAGGUCAAGAAGAUCAAGGAUGUUCCCUUCCGCUUCAUGGAUCUCCCACCCGAGAUCCGCGUCAUGAUCUACAAAGCAUGUCUGGUCGAGUCCGCCAGAGACCUGAGCUUUGUCAGUAAGAACAAGGCCACUACUCGUGAAUUCUUCCGUGGUUCCUUGAGAAGAUUAAACAAUGGCUGGGGCGGCUACAACUACAGAACCGAACGUGAGAGCGGAUAUGAAGUCUCACGCACCUCUCUCCAGCCUGUCAUCCUUCGUAUCAACAAGACUAUCAGAGACGAGGCCAUCCCUUACCUCUACGCUCAACCCAUCCACUUUGCCACCACCCAUACCUUCCAACUCUUUUUCGCCUGCAUCAGCUCAGCCAAUCGCCUGCUUCUCCGAAACAUCACUAUUGAUGGCUGGACCGAUACCAAACACGCCAGCGUGAGAGACCCUCAGAUCGUCUUUUCACUGCUCAUGUCAGCCAUCAACAUCCGCCAUGUUCGCCUUGCUCGUCGCGCUUGGGGACCCACCAGUUUUCCUACCUAUGGCUACCAUGGCCGCUCGUUCACCAAAAGCCCCCAAACUUUUUGGCCUGACCUCGAGAACUGGGGCCUUGCUAUGGACGCUGCGCAUGGAAAAGGUGCUGCUAAGGCUGCUCUGAGCUUCACCAAGCUUUGCUUCGGUACUACCGCAGAAAUUGAGAACGAAAGUGAGGCCGUCGAGAAGCGCGAAAAGGACUUUUGGGCUCAAUGUCCUUUCACUGAGAAGGACGCUGAGAAGAAGACUGAGAAGGAGGAGUAG